AUUUAUUUUUCAUUCUCAAACGUCAUUGUUGUUUUCACGCGUUUUCGCUCUAAUAAUAAACAUAAUUCUGUUCAGCGUGUAUGGCCUAUAGUUCUGAAGAAACCCCGUCAGCACGGGCCCGGUCUCUGGGUUAAAGCCGCGUGUCUGGAGCAGUGGAGCAGUGGAGCAGUGUGUCGGGGCUCGAUGAGUGUGUCUCUGGUUGUGAUCAGACUCGAGCUCGCUGAUCGGUCUGAGUCCCCGCACGGCUUUCAGUACUGCGCCGUUUCAGAGAUGUCAGAGGACGAGAUGAGAGAGAAAGCGCUGACCUCUGCUAGAGCGACGCUGGGCGGUAAACCGGAGCUGGAGCGAGCGGCCGUCCUCCACCAGCACCUGGGCAGCCGCGUCAUGAGCGACAUGGUGAUCGAGACCUUCCAGCCCAGCGCAGGAGCCGAGGACGGUAAAGAAGAUCUGAAGUCCACAGCUGACGUAAACGGAGAAGUCAACGAUCAAACGGACGAGAGUGUGACUCCAGACUCUCCCUCCAAACAGCUGCCGGAUCAGAUCUCAUUCUUCAGCGGAAACCCGUCAGUGGAGAUCGUCCACGGCAUCAUGCACCUCUACAAAACUAAUAAGAUGACAUCGCUCACAGAGGACGUGCGGCGCAGCGCGAUGCUGUGCAUCCUCACCGUACCCACCACCAUGACCAGCCACGACCUCAUGAAGUUUGUGGCCCCCUUCAAUGACGUCAUGGAGCACAUGAAGAUCAUCCGGGACUCCAUGCCCAACCAGUACAUGGUGCUGGUAAAGUUCAGGAGUCAGGCCGAUGCUGACAGCUUCUACACAACAUGUAACGGCCGUCAGUUCAACUCCAUUGAGGAUGCUGUCUGCCAGUUAGUCUAUGUGGAGAGAGCGGAAGUCAUCAAAUCUGAAGAGGGGGCCAGUUUACCUGUGAUGGAUCUGACUGAGCUGCCCAAGUGCACCGUGUGUUUGGAGCGCAUGGACGAGUCCGUCAACGGCGUGUUGACCACCCUGUGCAACCACAGCUUUCACAGCCAGUGUCUGCAGAGAUGGGAGGAUGCAUCGUGUCCUGUGUGCAGAUACUGUCAGACUCCUGAACCCGUGGAGGAGAACAAGUGUUUUGAGUGUGGAGUCCAAGAGGUAAAUAACUACGUUCAUCGGCUUGUUGCCAGUAAAACCGACGGGAAGAUGGUGCAGUACGAGUGUGAGGGCGACACGUGUCAGGAUGAGAAGAUCGAUGCACUGCAGCUCGAGGUUUACACAGUCUUUUGUGCUGUUUUCUGCAGAUGUUCACAGCUGAACAACAAAGUGGUGAAGCUCAGUCAAGAGCUGCGGGAGGAGCAGGAGAUGAACCGAUGCCUGCGAGCCAAUCAGACGCAGCUCCAGGCGCAGCUGCAGGAGGAGGAGAGGCGGGCUCACGAGGCGGCGGCCAAUAAAGACGGCCAGAUCGCCGAGCUGCAGGAGCAGCUGCGAGACGUCAUGUUCUACCUGGAGACGCAGCAGCAGAUCGACCGCAUGCCGGCAGAUGCCCGGCAAGAGAUCCAAGAGGGUCAGAUCAACAUCGCUGCGGCCCCACAGCCUGGGCCCUCGGCCCACGGCCCCGGCAAACUGAGCGGCCGCAAGGGACGAUCCAAGAGGGGAAAGUAGCAAAAGACGUUGUGUUUAGUAUAUUCAGUGCUUAACGGAUGGCAGAAAUGUUGCACAGGAAAUGAGGAAGUUUGAAUAAUCACCCUUCCUCAUGUUAGAAGCUCUAAUAUAUCACCAGUUCCGCUUAGAAAUGUAGCUCAACCGGUUUCAUAUGAAAACAAAGUGCUGUUCUUGUUGCACAAUUUUAUUUUCAUAUGUUUUUAGUGUCCUCAUAGUUGGAAGAAGUCACUUUUUGAUUUACUUUGUUUGUGGAAAUGAUUGGAUAUUGCUUUCUGCAACUCUGACAGAAGAAUCCCACAAAAACACGUUUGUCAUGUUUUGCUUGGAGAGA